UUUCUAUAGGAAAAUCGACAACAGAGACAUUUCACAAUUUCAUUUCUUUGGAAAAGGAUUACUGUGACCAUCUACGAGAGUAGAUGUACAAAAAAUGUGCUUUUAAAAAAAGAGAAGUCCUAAUGAAACGGUAUUAUUCAUGAAGGCUGAAGAAAACGUUUUAGCAUCUUCAUUAAUUCAAAAAGGAUUAUAAAGAUAGUAUUGUAUUUCUCCAAGAAUAAUUAAGAAAACAAAAAAACAUGGAUCUGCUGUAUAUCGUCAACAGGAGGAGUUCUUUCAAAUUUUUUUCCAAUCAAGAAUGUUUAUACAAUGGACAAUCGUUGUGUUCCUUAUCCAGUCGGAAUAUAGUGGCGUUUACUACAAUGACAGAGUUAGAUGACAGCAGUGGCAAGACACGGGGUUGCCAUGUUUAUGUAGCAGAUUUAAAUAUGCCAUGGCAUGCUCAUAAAGUACUUUCAAAUAAACACAACAUUACUGCAUUAGAAUGGGAUCUGCCUGGUGACAAAUUGGUAAUGGCUGAUACAGCUGGAAAUGUACAGUUAUGGAUAUUCAAGGAUCAUAUUUUGAAUGAUUGGAUAUUGAUAGGUUCUGCAUAUUUCCCUGGUGAGCACAUACUAGGUGCAGCAUGGUUUCACAAUGGCAAAAAGACAGGCUUAGUAACAGAAAAGAAAGAUAGCAUCCAUUAUAGCGAGAAAUUUAAUCACCUACUGUUCGCACCUUCCGUGAGGCAAUUCGGUGGAAGAGCCGCCGAAGGUGUGCUGGUGGUAUCAACGACGGGCAUGGUUGGCGCAAUCAUGAUCACUAAGGAUCUUCAAAAUCCGAUUUGCUAUUCGACGGAGAGUCUAGGCAACACGAGACACAGGAUAACUGCAGUCGAUUUGUGCUAUGGAAAAAACGGCCACUUUCUCGUUGCAGUUAGUAGCGGUAGUAUCUGCUUGCCUAUAAGAUGUUUUAGAGUGCUGGUGCGCAAGAAUGAUGACAAGUGCACUAUCACCUCGCAAGCUUUACCGAGUUUUUUUCUACAAGAUGGGGCACCUAAGGACAAUUCAUGUACAGUCGUAACUCAUUUAAAGUUUGUGGUUAGAGAAGAUGCCGAUUCUCUGGUUAUUGCGGCAAAUAGUGAGAGCGGUGGAUUUGUUGAGGUGUGGGAGUUGCGAGAGAAGUCGCAACCGGUUCACAAAUUAUUUCAGCCAAAGACGUUAGAACCUUUCAAGACGGUUGUUUGGCAAUAUCAGUCGCAGUAUCGUUGCCAGUCACCGGUCACAGCGAUAGCCACUACAAAACUAUCCAUAGUGACAACUUUACCGCCUCCCAGUUACGUAAUAAUAGCAUUAGCGGACUCGUCGGUGCAUUGCCUAAAUCGUUUGGACUGUUUGAAGGAAGUGGCAUUCUCAUCCCUAAAUACAAGCUGGCGUCCAGAUGAGCCUAGCAACAAAUACUUUAAGAAUUCUGUAUCUAUCGCUCAUAUGGAUCUUUCAUGGCUGGGAUGUGUACUUCUUGCGUGCGACACUCAGGGCAAUAUGUAUCUCUAUAAAUUAUUGCCAGAUGGUACUACAGGUACGUCGAUGUCGCUAAGCUAUGCCUGUACAUUACUGGAGUAUUGCUUGGUGACCGGAUUGGAUUGGUUGGACAUACUUUUAUGUCUGAGAUCGUCCAUGAUUGAAGCAUUGUGUGAGCGACUAGACGUUUCCUUUAACAGACAAUUACAAUCUACACAGCAAUAUCAUUACAUCCUAUUUUUAUCCAUCAAGACGUCGUUGUAUAGAAUGCUCGUAACAGGACAGAACAAGGCGGCGGAUUUGUCAUCGUUACUGAUGAUACAUUCGGUAGCUACUGCCUUCAAAUCUUUACUGAGACCAUCAGACCUGAUAUCCCACGAUAAAGGGCCAGCGGAAAGUUUAGCCGUGGUGAUAACUGAUGUCAUUACUGAUGUUGAUAAGGUGUUGCUGCAUCUCGAUCCAAAAGAGUUUACGGUAGAACCGAGCACGUUGCAAUCGUUGCAGCAACUUAUUCAAUGGGUUGCUGACUUAGCUUUGAACUUGCUGGCCAGAUUACCUGAGCAGAGGAUGCAAGUGAAGACUGGUGGGUAUGAGCUUCUUAAGGAUCACAAGGCCUUGAAUACCGUUCGGGAGCUGUUAGUCAUCAUACGUAUAUGGGGAUUACUCCGCCCGUCGUGUCUCCCAGUGUUUCUUCGCAGCGCAGAUAACCUGGACGUUUUAGCCUUACUAUUUUGUUUGUUAUCAAAAUUGGUACAACCUAAUGGAGAUACGCAGCAACAGGUGGACGAUGGUUUGAUUGGAACGAAGAAAUGGAAUGAUUUUCACGAAUCAGAAUCUAAGAUCGUUCGAGAAAACCUCAGGAGGGAUCUGCCGCCUUUGGUGAUACACAAACAAAUAUCAGGUGAAAACAUCGAAGAUACUGAUGGAGUGGUGUGUGUCGAAGAAAAUGAGAAAACUCACUUAAGCAUCGCUGGUGAUUAUGCUCAGAAAAGUCCCCUGCAGGAUUAUCUGAAGCUGGUAACGGUAUCGCCCUCGGAGGACGAGGUAAAAUCCCCGAAGACGCCUAUGUCGCCGAGGGAUUUAUUCUUCAUCGAUCUGAUCCACGAAGCAGAGAGGGCCGAGAAAUCGUUGAAAACUGGAACGCAUUUCUUCCCGAGCGAAACAACUGAGAAUGAUAGUGCGGAAACCGUGAAAAGUAUAACGAAUGGAACGGAUAUGGAGAACGUAGAGCAUAGAAAGGAUGUAAAAGAUACGAAGAAUGAGAAUGUAAAGGACAAGGAGGAUAAUAAAUUGAAGUCAAAGCAUGAAUGCUGCCUGCUGCCAAAUCAGAUCAUGAUUCCACAGUUGCAUCAAGGCAACAGUAUCACCGCUAUAGUCUCCCCGAUUUUGUUUUAUCAGAACCUCCCAUUACAGCUGGAAUAUGGAGUGGAACCUGAACAGUUGGUUUUUACGCCUGAAAUGAAUCUCGUUGAAGGUUGUAUGCACAGCGGACAGAUCGUGGACACGAUACGACAUUUGUAUUUAGGAAGGCAGCCGCUUCUGGUGAAGCAAUGCACAAGGUGCGGCGGUAAAGCGCAGGUACAGAACAUGACGAGAACAGCUGCGAUCAGAGCCUGGGAUCAACGAUGGACACGUGCUUGCCGAUGCGGAGGUAUUUGGCGAAUUCACAAAGCCUCUCAAUAAAGGGCACUUAGGAAUUUUUGUAAAAAGUUUAGUUUGUCUGUUAUAAACCGUGAUACUGUGAUCUUUUGGAGAUCUAUAUCAAAGAAGAUAGGAAAUCUAUAAUAUAAGAAGCGGAAAGGACUAUGCUCAGUUUUAUAGGAGAAUUUGGGCCUCGGAUGAACAACUUUGAGACAUGCCUAAAAUUUUAAGGUGUCAAAAGAGAAUAAAAAAUUCCAUAAGCCUAACUUUAUAGGAGAGGUUUUCUUGAGUGCUAAAACUAUCUAAAGUUCGCUAUUAUGACCACUAGUCUUAUUAUCCAUUCAAUUUCUUUGCGUCCAGGGCACCUCCCCGCGGUAACGGAUUGUACCAAAGAUAUUGAAGUAAAUCUAAAAUGUAUUUGGCACAGUUCAUUAAUCCGACUAAGUCCCUGGUUGCAAUUCAUGCUGUCAUAUCACAGAAAUUCGGAUUUGCUUGUAAUGACGGCGAUGCCCCUGGAGUGGAAGAUGGACAAGCGGUGAAUGUACCAAUCGGGGUAAACCAGCCUUUGAACGGGGUCACCCCGAAACAGCUACUGGUCGCGAUGAAAUCCACUGUGGACAAUGUGGAAAAUAUUUAAAAAACAAGUCGCAUAAAC